AUGGAGUUCGUCACAGCCCUCCGGGGCACCUUCGACGAGCAGAAGCCCUCGCUCUUCGAAGUUCUCUCCGAGCAGCAACUCAACGCCCUCCUCCCGCCCACGCUCCGCUACCUCCUCACCGUCGCCACCCAUCGCCACCCCCGAUACCUCCUGCGAAUCCUCAACUCCUUCGAUGAGCUCUACGCCGGCGCCAUGUUGCUCGUUGAGCGCCAUUACCUGCGAACCCGCGGCGGCUCCUUCACCGAGAACUUCUACGGGCUCAAACGCGAAAAGGGCCUCCACGCCGAGAUCCCCCGAGCCACCAUGUCGGCCCCCAGCCUCGUCCGCGACACCCUUAAACUGUCCACCAAGGACGUGUGGAAGAACCUGCUCGUGCUCGUUGGGAUCCCAUAUCUCAAGCGGAAGCUUGACGAGAGCUACGAUGUGAAUGCGCCUCGCGCCCUCCUUGGUGCUGCCUACACCCGCAUGCCCGAUAAUCCUACUCUCCGCGACCGGUUCCUACACUACUACCGAUGGUUCCUGCGGAACAUUUACCCGAGCGUUAAUGCUGGCUACUACUUUGCCAUGCUCGCCUUCAACCUGGCCUACCUCUUCGACGGUAGCAAGUUCCAUAGCCCCUUGAUGUGGCUUAUAGGAACCCGGAUACGUAGGAUGAAUGGGGAAGAUUACAGAGCCAUUGAUCUCUUGUCCCAACCGCCAGAGCAGGGCCAUAGGCCUAGCCGUGGGUCGUUCCUAUCACCCCGAGAACUCGGGCCACGAUUGCUGUCCAGCUUGUCCAUCUUGCUGCCGACUAGCAUCUUUGCGUUGAAGUUCCUAGAGUGGUGGUAUCAGUCAGACUUUGCGAAGCAGUUGUCUCGAAGGGCGACUGAGAGCAUCGAUCUUCCACCUCCCGUGAUAGCCGGCCUGAACCGGAAAGGACGGGCCGAGAAGAAGAAGAGCAAGGCGAACGAGGAGGCUAAUGACGGAGAACAUGUACCGUCACCUCAGGAUGCGCCUAUUGCGACACCCUCGUUGUUGCCCAUUUUCACAGUCCCCUUCCCGAGCGAUUCUUCAUUGUGCCCGAUUUGUCAGGAUGACAUCGUCACGCCGACGGCCUGUCAGACCGGCGUCGUUUAUUGCUAUUCGUGUAUCCAUAAAUGGAUUGAAGGCAUGCACCCGAAGCAAGAAACCUUUAUGGAAGACCACGCUGGCAAGUGGGAGAAGUCCUUGCUCUCAGGCUUCAACUGGAUCAACUAUCCAGACCCCUCCAAGGGAUUUGUUGCCUAUCAGAAUCAAGAAGAUGCCUUGGGCAAAGGACUAUACUCCGUCGACCCCGACACAAACGUAGUCAGGCUUGGCGUCGACAGCACGAACAAAUAUGAUCUUGAUGAGGGACGGCCUAGCAUCCGGAUAGAGAGCAAGGAGUCUUACGAGAAAGGCCUUUUCAUUGCAGACUUCCUUCACAUGCCGCCCUCACAAUGUGGUGUCUGGCCAGCAUUUUGGGCUUUCGGUUCUGACUGGCCCGAAGGCGGCGAGUUGGACAUCAUCGAGGGUGCCAACCUCGCCUACACCAACAUCAUGUCCGGCCAUACAGCCGACGGCUGCUUUUUGAGCCCCUCCGACGCAGGUCGAUUCACUGGCGAACGUCGUAACCUAGACUGCGCCAUUGGAGACAACAACGUCGGCUGUGGAUACAACCCUCCGGCCAGCGACACCUCCUCUUAUGGCGAUGGCUUCAACGCUGUUGGCGGCGGUGUGUACGCGGUGCAGUGGAACAAUGAGUUCCUCAGCGUAUGGCACUUCCCCCGAGGCUCUAUCCCUGAAGACAUCGACGCCAAGGUGCCAGAUCCUUCGGGAUGGGGUCUUCCGCAAGCCGUCUUUGGAGGUGCUGAUUGCGACGUCAACGAGUAUUACAACAACAUGAACCUUGUCCUCAACAUCAACUUCUGCGGCGACUAUGCCGGUUCGACCUGGAAGGACUUUAAGACAUGCACUGACAAGGCUCCCACUUGCGACCAAUACGUGGCUGACAACCCCGAGGCCUUUGAGAACGUGUACUGGGAGGUCAAGUAUAUCGAUGUCUACCAAUUCCCGAGCGACAACAGCUUCACCAUCGACGACGGCGGCGGUUUCGGGAUCGGCGGAGAGCCCACAGCGACGCCCACGCCCAUGCCCAACAACGGUACAGCCAUGACAACACCAGCGGCUGAGCCUACGACUACGACUUCCGAGGAUGGUGACUUCACCAUCAGCACACCCGGCAACGAGCCCUCCGCCACGCCCUCUCGCAGCUCUUCCAGGUUCCCCUCAAGCAUCGCCUCAAGCACCUCUUCUAGCACCUCUACCGGCACCUCUAUCAGCAUCGCCUCAGCUUCCAACCCAGACCGGAUCGGCUCUUACUCGUACCUGGGCUGCUUCGGCUCAACCUCCGGCUUCACCACGUUUGAUCUGACUGAAGAAGACAAUGAGAUGACACUGGAGUUGUGUGUCAAGUCAUGCAAUGGUAUCACCUAUGCUGGCGUCUUUGAAGGAAAGUGCUAUUGCGCCGAUAGUCUCGACUCCGGCACUCGUGCAGUCGCUGAUGCGACGGAUUGUGACCACCUCUGUCCUGGUAACGAAGACGAAUUCUGCGGCGGUCUCACCGAUGACAUCCCAGGCACCAAAGGCGGAAGCAACAGCACGACCCGCCGCUGGUUCAACCGCCGCAACGCUCCGAGCAACUAUCUUCUCACCGUGUACGGCGAUGUCAGCGCCGCAGAGCCCGAUGUCCCGCCGCCGAUGCGGCCUCCGGUCACUGUCUCCGUCGUCAGCGUCGCCGGCGCCACCAGGACGCAGUUCGUCGAUAUCACGACCACCAUCACUUACACGAUCCCGUGCCCGACAAACCUGGCCUCGCUUAUGGAGCAACAGUUCGUCGCUACGUUGCCGGACUGUGGGUGUAACUCGCAGCCCUCGGUGCCGAUGGAGACCAAGGUGGUCCAAUGCCAAGCAUGUGGUCCUGAGGGUCAGAACGAGGUAACCGUCACAGUACCAGUGACGCAGAAUGCAGCAUCAGCGAAGCAUUUCGUGGUUGGAUCUCCCACGGCGCCGUUCCCGAGUGUUCUUCAGGAGAAGAUCCCAAACCAGACCGCCUCCCAGUGGACGCCUGCUUCCACGCCUGCUAACGACAUCCCGCUGGUGGCGACUUCAGGGAGUCGAUGGAAUGAGCCUAAGACUAGCAUCGCUCUGACAUCGGUUGUGGUUGCGGUGCUUGCCAUACUGGCUUAA